AAUUGCUAACAUCCCAAAUGAAGGGAUUGCCUGGACAAACCCAGUGAACAUCCUUAGUUUUGGUGCACAAAUUAAGGUUGGGACUAAGGUAGAGCGAAGGGUCAUCAUCAUGGUAUGCGAGUGUUGGUGGUGUCUUAAGGUGGAUGUGAGUGUUGUCCUGCCAAAACCCAACGUUCAGCACUGACUUUAACCGAUACACAUUCUGCCGUUCUAUUAUGGGAAGAUUGAGAAGAAACCCUAUUUCCAGGUUCUGUGGGUUCACGUAAACCGGGAUUGCACUACCAAGACUAUAUGGCAGGUGGGUUUGUGAUGACUGUACCAUAGUAGUUGUUGUGGAUCUGAGGGUUUGCUUGACUAGACUCAUGGGAGCAAUGUGGGUCGGUAUUUGUCCACCGGUCAGGCUGCUGACUGAGGAGUUAAUUUCCCUAAGGAGGACCUGCAUCAGAUCCCUCACUACACGUACAUACAUAGUCAUCCCUGACUACUUCUGACAGUGUCCAUAAGGCAUGCAAGAUGUUAUUAAUGAGGGCAGAAUGGAGGUUAACUGUUACUAUGGUACCCUGGAGGGUUUUACCCAAGUCCUGUAACUGUUCACAUUGGAUGAGGAGUCUCUGGAUUUCUGGCAUUUCCUCACUGAGUUCGCCCAUGUGCCUUUGAAGAGCUUUGAUGCUGACAGAGUUGGCAGCCGAGAGUCCAAUUGAGAACAGUGAUCCAAUGGGUGAGACUGCUGUGAACAGGCCUCCAAGGAAUCUCUUUGGUUGUUUCCGGCCACUGAGGUCUUUCUCUGUGACGAGGAACUUCUGCAGCUGUUCAAGAAUGUGGAUGGUCGUUUGUUUGGCGUGCUCAACUGUGUCAUGUGUUUGGGUUCUGCUUAAUCUGCCCUCCGUCAGGCGCGGAGGCAGGCAGAUGUGCUUGCAAUACACAUCCCAAGGAUCUAGUCGGAUGUAGAUUCUUUUGGGUGUAUAUGCUGCACUGGGUGAUUAGGAGUCCAGGUAUCUCCUGCAGGACAAUACUGGUUGGAGGGCCAAGGUUGACCACAUCAGUGGGCACAGCAACUCGUAGGCUGAGGAAGAUGCCAAGGAUCCAAGGGAGUUUCAUCCUGGAACAGACCAAAGUGUUGAUUACUUGUCAGAAAGGGGAAGUAGGGGUUAGGUGUUAGUGCAUGCCGGUGGGGAGGUCGGAGGCAUGCAUCGGUCCCUACGGAGCUACUAUGCGUCGUCUUCCCCCCUUUGUGGUGCGGAUUUACAUAGAGCAGUUGUCCAAGGCGAGCAACGGUGUACCACAGACUGUCAGGUUGAGCUCCCAGAAGAGGGGCAAAGGCUGGAAGAAAGCUUGUGACCCAGGGAUUUUCUGUCCUUUGAGGAUCACAAGGCGGAUGGGGAAGCCUGCUCUUCGUGCAGGAACCACAAGAUCAGCUUCGCUGGCAACCUGGCAUGCCUGGGGGAUGGUCUGGCCUGAUAGCAUGUAUGCAGGCUGGACGGUCAGGGGGUGUGCUUCAGCAUUGGCCUGGGACCACAGGACUUGGUUCACUGUGUCCAGCUUGGCACCGAGCCUGACAAGGAGAUCUGCCCCCACGAAGAGCGGGGGUUGAAGUUGUGGGACAACACUCAAGAAAUGUUCAACUUGUUUCCUCCCAAUUUUGACGGAGAGGGCACACACUCCAAUGGCCCUAAGGAAAGGAGCAUCUGCGGUGAUCCUGCAGAAUGGACACAGUGGCUUUGCUGUGCAAAGAACAGAGGUGUGCUGUGCUGACACAGGUCGUUAAAGAAGUCCUGACUGGUGGCAGAUUUCUCUGACUGUCAGACAAUGGCAAGGGCGGUUCAUGGAAGGUUCAGAGCCAGACUCGGGCUCUGGAAGAGGCAUAAUCAUCAGCAGAGGACUUCUGGACGAUGGGAACUUGUCCAUCGGAAGCUGGUGGGUGGCUGCCUGAACCAAGUGGCUUUGGGGUAUCCACCUGAGCCCAAAUGAGUCCACGGUCGAUGAGGGGGGCCAGCCAGCCCAGCAGGUCUUGUCCUAUGAGCAGCGGCUCUGUAUCGAUGAUACAGAUGUAGAUGGGGUGCACGAGAGUCAUUUCUCAGAAGGUGAGGUCGAUCGAAGUGUGUUGGGUGAUGGGAGACCGGUUCUGGGUAUAACUAGUUAUACUCACAUUACAGGCCUCGAUUUGCCAAGUGAGAGCAUCGCUCUGGCAACCUCUGCGAACAUGCUAGAACACAUAAGACUGAUUUCUGAACCAGUGUCAAGUAGUGCCAGGGAGUUGAUGCAAACCCUACCACCACCGAGGUGUAGAUGCGGCGACCAUUGCCCUUGCGGACAAGGUCACUAAGGAAAGUCAGGAAAGGGGUGUGUUGAGGGUCAGAAGUGCUUGAGGUAGUGGCUUGGCCUUCUCUGUUUCCCUUCCCCAGCCCACAAAGUAAACCUUGGUGGAGGUGGGGGAGGGGACUUGGCCUAGUCAAGAUGACGAGGGACCCUGACCGGGAUCCUUUGGGGGAUCUGGUGGUCCUGGAAGGCUGCAAGGUGCCUCAAACUGUCCUCCAUUUCCUCCUUAAGAUGCUCCUUCCUGGUGAAGUUCAGGGCUUUACCUGACUGAUUCAAUGCUUGGUGUUCUGCUCAAAAUGGACUCUCCCUUUCGCCUGGUGAGAGUCCUGCCUUCGUGGCUUAAAGUGGCCCUGGGUUUGCGCUUGGCCACCACCUCCUCGGCUCUGUGCUUCACCCUGCUGGUGAGGUGGUCGGCGUCCCUGUGGUCCUGCUCUGAAGUUUGCCUUGGUACGAGGCACUUCGUCACCUUCUAGCAUCAGGGUGUCAUUCUCCGAGGUUUGGAUCUCCAGGACUCUGGCUUCCGCCUCAUGCCCUUUGGUUGAGCGGACACACAUUUCCCAUGCAAGCUGAGUAUACCUCCUGAUUUCCUGCAUCGUAUACUUACCGGUGUGGCAGUGCAUGGUAACAUCGUACCGGAUGCUAUCAUAGAGGUUGUGGAGGAAGAGGGAUCGGAAGGAUUGCUCCUCUUCCAAGCCAGGAGCAUUGUGCCCUUGAAAGUAGUUGGCUCACAGACGCCUAUAAUACUCACGCGGAGGCUCAUGCUUCCUCUGUGUGAUGGUAAGGGCACUGAGAGUGCAACACAUCCCUAGAUGGUGGAGCGGUCAUGCUCCGUGAGUGGACCAUUGAGGACGCUUGGUAUGCGUCCAGAAUGGGGAGGUUGGAGGCUGCAUCACCAGGGGUCACUAGACUCCUGGGGCGUGCCCCUAUGUCAACCGGAGUAGUCAGCUGCUGCAGCUGGGCAGCUUCAAGUUUCCUGUGCAGGGCAAGCUCCCUCGCCUGUGCAGCUUGAAGCUGCAUGCACAGCAGACUGGCUUCAGCCGGUGCAUUAGCCUCCUGCACGAAUGGGGGGAGCGACAGUGGUGGACGCUUGUCAGCGGCCAAGAUAGAGCUCCCAGUUCCUGUGGGGGGCGGUGGUGGUGAGCCUUUGUCGGCGCUCCCGGUAGCGCUCUUAGUUCCCUGGGGGGUUGGGCUGGCAGCUGUACUUACCUGGCCAACCUCGGACUCAUCGCUGCUGCUGUCACUGGCUUCUUGAGCAUCUCAUCACACUCUCUGAGGCUACAGCUCGCCAAAUUGUCCCUCUCCUUCAUGGAGAGGUGAAUGAGGGAAGCGACCACAUCCUGCAGGGCUGGAUCCUCCAUUCCCUGUGGAGCUUCAGCUCCAGCCACGUGGGGGUUCUGGCAGCUCAUUUUAGCACGCUUUACACAGUGGCUAUAAAUGUUGUGGAUACUGCUAAUGUUGCUAAAUGCACAGGUGAGAGGUUAACCUGUGGCUUACACAGUUGAUUAUUCAAAACACUGCAACCUGUCCCUGUCCUAGCAGGACCUCAGUAGUGACUGUAGUUUAGUUUUAGUAGUAGUAUAGUAGUUUGUGAGGCCUCGUGGCCAGGCCUCAGGGUUUGCAUGUAGGCCCAUCUUUGUCUGACUGUAUGUGGAGGCCCAACAAGGUGAUUCUGUUAGGCCUAUUAGAAAAAAAAAAUCUAUGGUUCUACUGGUUCAGAUAGUAGUUGUAUGCAGUUGUCUUCUUCACAGUUGCAGUCUAAGGUCCUUACAGGUACUGAAAGACCCUUUUUAAAGGCAAAUCCAUCUUUCCAUCCGGCUCAUUAGACAUUUAUUGUCACCUAGUUGAGAGAUGUUUUACAAGCCCUUAACAAAAAAUUAAUACAAAUACAUAAUAAUUUAUCAUUAGGUCAAAGAGAACUCAAAAAAAAGACAGAAAUGUUGUUGUUAAGCAUGCUCACAGGUGCCUGAUUUGCAUCUGAUUGGCAGCACUUGGGGGUACCAGAAGCUAAAAACAAGAGUCAAUAAAAUAUAAAAAAAUUACAAAUAAAAUUCUCUGCUCUUUCUUUGCGUUGGCAGGGCUGCAGCGCAGCAGAGGAGAGACAGACAGCGGUGGAGAGUUGAUAACUAAACUCGUUAUGUUACUGUAAAUGAAAUAAAAGCUUCACAAGUAAAAAGUCAAUAAGAAUAAUUUAUCAAUGUAAUCCACGUAAAAGAUGGACAGCUUCCAAACGAUGAAAAAUAUUGCCUUUUUAAAGAGUGUGAUUUGCAUCUCAACAAAAUAAAUGAUAGAACAUUACAUGAAACAAUGGACAUUUUUCUCUCGUCACACGAUACAUAUCAUCAUAUCGCACAGCCCGAAGCUGAAGGAUUAUAGUUCUGUGGUAAUUAGGAAGCAGCAUUAAGGCUCAUCAGACAUUUUUUGACCAGAAACAAUUUAACUUGUUACUUAUUUCUGCAAAAAAGUAAAAGAAAAAAACUGGUGAAUCUUUCAGAUCUUUUCAUGUCAUGUCUUUAUUUUUGCACCAAAUUAUGAAGAGUAGUAUCAAUAAGAGUAUUGAUAAGUAUCGAUAAGCAGUAUCAGUAUUGGUAUUGAUAAAAUCCUAAGGGAUCUGGGUUUCUUUAAAUCAUCUGCAACUUUUUUGAUAAAAGCAGUUGAAAGUUUCAGUGAUUUUUCAGGUCAGUCAGUUUGUUUUCUAACUUUAUAAACUGUUGAUCAGAUAAAAGGAGACACUGAAGACUUUUACUGUUUUCUGACUGAAUUUAUGAACCAAACUGUUCAAUAUAUUUACAGAUAUUAAUAUUCAGUGUGUCCUUUUUGCAGCCAGACUUCAUGUUUCAGCAUGUUUGUGCUUCGUCAGGUGGAAAACUCUCCACCUGUCCGAAUUCUCACCGUCCUCUGAUAACACACCACGCCUUCCUGCCACAUCCCUGUCCUGUCCAAUCCCGUCGCUCCCUGUGGGUAUAAAAGCUCGUCUCUCAGACGGAGCUUUCAUGUUCGAGCCAUGGCCUUCCUGUGGAUCCUCUCCUGCCUCGCCUUCGCCGGCGCCGCCUACGGUUGCGGCACUCCUGCCAUCCCCCCCGUCAUCACGGGUUACUCCCGUAUUGUGAACGGCGAGGAGGCGGUGCCUCACUCCUGGCCCUGGCAGGUGUCCCUGCAGGAUUACACCGGCUUCCACUUCUGCGGAGGCUCCCUCAUCAACGAGAACUGGGUGGUGACCGCCGCUCACUGCAAUGUCAGGACAUCCCACCGUGUGAUCCUUGGAGAACACGACCGUUCCUCCAACGCCGAGGACGUCCAGGUGAUGCAGGUCGGCAAGGUGUUCAAGCACCCCCGCUACAACGGCUUCACCAUCAACAACGACAUCCUGCUCAUCAAGCUGGCCAGCCCCGCCCAGUUGAACAUGCGUGUUUCCCCCGUGUGCUUGGCGGAGACCGGAGACAACUUCCCCGGAGGCAUGAAGUGCGUGACCAGCGGCUGGGGCCUGACGCGCUACAACGCUCCUGACACCCCCGCCCUGCUGCAGCAGGCCUCCCUCCCUCUGCUGACCAAUGACCAGUGCAAGCGUUACUGGGGCAACAAGAUCAGCGACCUGAUGAUCUGCGCUGGAGCCGCCGGAGCCUCCAGCUGCAUGGGCGACUCUGGUGGUCCUCUGGUCUGUGAGAAGGCCGGCGCCUGGACUCUGGUCGGUAUCGUGUCCUGGGGAAGCGGCACCUGCACUCCCACAAUGCCCGGCGUGUACGCCCGCGUCACUGAACUGCGCGCCUGGGUGGACCAGACCAUCGCCGCCAACUGAGCAAGACACCAGUUUCACUUUCAACAUGAAGAUCAAUAAAACACGCAGAAUCUGAAACACA